CGAGAAACCGCCGAGAAAGUCGUAGCCAAAGACGGGUACUGCGCAGUGCUGCCAUGGGACAAGCUCAAUGUGUCAAGACGAAGAGCAAGGACUCUUUGAAGGAUGCUGGCUAUGACCAAGUGGUCGAAGUCAAUGAGGUCUUGGCCCGGCGAGGCAACCGGGCGCUCGUCACGGGCCGUUAUACCAGCAGCAGGCACCUGGAGCACGAUUAUCAUUUCGAUGGCAAGGUCAUCGGAAGUGGCCUUAGUGGCCCCGUGCGGCUGGCCACUGGCAAGGCCGAUGGCUGCAAAUAUGCCAUCAAGAGCUUUAAGAAGAAGGGCAUGUCCUCUCGGAAGCGGGCUGAGCUCAAGAGCGAGGCGGAGGUCUACCUUACCUUGGAUCAUCCGCACGUGGCCAAGCUGGAGAUGAUCUACGAGACGGACGAGGAGAUGCACUUUGUGAUGGAGUACAUGUCUGGCGGGGAGCUCUACAAGCGGCUCUCCAACCGCAAGCGCUACUCCGAGGAGGCUGCAGCCCUCUGCAUUCGCCAGGUCCUCCUAGCCGUGGCCUACUUGCAUGCGCAUGAGGUUGUGCACCGGGAUUUGAAACUGGAGAACUUCCUCUAUGAGAGCGAGGACUCGGAGCAUCUGAAGAUCAUCGACUUUGGCUUUGCAAAGUUCUGGAAUCGGGAUACGAAGAUGUCCCAGGCCUGCGGGUCCCUGCACUAUGUAGCGCCUGAGGUGCUGGAACAUUCCUACACUGACAAGGCAGACCUUUGGUGCGAGCCUUGGGCGUCAUCGCCUACAUGCUCUUGACGGGCGCCCCGCCCUUCUUUGGCAGCGACGAGGAAGUCUUAACGAAGAUCCGAGCGGGACAGCCACACUGGUCGCAGCGGUUCUUGGCACUUUCGCCACAAGCCAAGGAUUUUGUACAGAAGCUGUUGGUGGACGCCAGCAGUCGGCUGAGUGCGAAGGAUGCGUUGGAACAUCCCUUCCUGCGAAGCAAGAUCGUACAGGAGGAGCGCUUCUUGGAGCCGGGCAUCCUCCGAAGCCUCCGUAAGUUCGCGCGGGCCAGCGCCUUCCGAAGGGCCUUGCUGUCGAUCGUGGCACUCUCCCUGUCCAACGAGGACCGGAACCUGCUGCAUGAGCAAUUUCUUGCGAUGGACCGGGAGAAGCGAGGUACCAUCACCAUGCUGGAGAUGAAGAGCGUACUAGAGGAUAACUUCCACGUGGACGGGGCGGAGGCUGAGGCCUUGUUUAGCUGCCUCGACACGGACAACGAUGACACGAUUGAAUACAGCGAGUUCCUCGCUGCGGCCCUCAUUGGCCGUGUGCAAGUGCACGAGGACUUGCUGCGGAAGACCUUUGGUCGCUUCGACAAGAGCGAGUCUGGCACGAUCACAGCCGAGAACUUGCGCUGCGUCCUCGGGGAGCACUUUGGUGCAGAGAUGGAAGAACUCAUUAGAGAGGCAGAUAAGAGUGGGCAUGGCCAGAUUGACUACGAUGAGUUCUUGGCAUACUUCUACAGGUCAGAUACCGAUGGCUUGCCCCAGUAUAGCGUCCUUCCACCCAUGGGAACGCAGGGCUCUGUGAUGAGCGGUGCCAAUGGUGCUCUGCCACAGCGGAACUUCCCGGCCUGGGCAGCGCAAAGCGACCUUGGUUUCUAUGGCAAGAUGCCAGUGGCCUCCUGGGCCUCGGUGCCACCGACCUUCUCCGUGCAGUCGGCACCGGUGUCGCAGGCAAGGAACCGAGGCGCGAACCGAGAAGUUGGGCGCGGUGAUCGACCAUUUGCUCGAAGGGCCCGGCGGCGACUACCGGGGCUGGCGGAAAAAUCUUCGCCGCCGCUCGGAGCUGCCCUCCACGGCCACGGAGCCGCCAGUGGUGCCACCCAAGGCGACACGGCCCGGCCGGGCAGCCGCCCAGUUGCCAACACUUUUGCCAAGCAGCCCUCACAAGGGCGAUGUCCAGACGGACGCACGAAAGCACAAGGCGGUGCUGUGAGGUGUGAUACUGAGUGGCAUGAUUUGCAAAAGCGCCACGGAGGGGCCGAUUUUCAAAGGGAAGAGCUUACCUGGAUUUGCUGAAGAACGUUGUAUGUUACAGUGAUUGGCAGCGCAUGCCACU